GCGGAAGGGGAAGGAAGCGGAGUCGGUCCUCCCUUGAUUACCGGUCGUGCUGUCACACGUGACUGAGCCGGGUGGCAGUGGAGGCAGCAGCGGGUCGCGAGCGCCCUUCGCCGCGGUCAGGAUGUCCGGCAAGGACCGGAUCGAGAUUUUCCCCUCCCGGAUGGCUCAGACCAUCAUGAAGGCUCGUUUGAAAGGGGCCCAGACAGGUCGCAACCUCUUAAAGAAGAAAUCUGAUGCUCUGACUCUUCGAUUCCGACAGAUACUAAAGAAAAUCAUUGAGACUAAGAUGUUAAUGGGUGAGGUGAUGAGAGAAGCUGCAUUCUCACUUGCUGAGGCAAAAUUCACGGCUGGAGACUUCAGUACCACUGUGAUCCAGAAUGUGAACAAAGCUCAAGUCAAGAUCAGAGCUAAGAAAGACAACGUAGCAGGUGUAACUUUACCAGUGUUUGAGCAUUACCAAGAAGGAGGGGACAGUUAUGAGUUGACUGGCUUAGCUAGAGGUGGAGAGCAGCUGGCAAAAUUGAAGAGGAACUAUGCCAAAGCAGUGGAGCUGCUUGUAGAAUUGGCCUCGCUCCAGACUUCGUUUGUUACACUGGAUGAAGCCAUUAAGAUAACAAACCGGCGUGUGAAUGCUAUUGAACAUGUGAUUAUUCCCAGGAUUGAGCGCACACUGUCCUAUAUCAUCACGGAGCUGGAUGAGAGAGAGCGAGAGGAGUUCUACAGGUUAAAGAAGAUUCAGGAGAAGAAAAAAAUAUUGAAAGAGAAGAAUGAGAGAGAGCGGGCGUUACGGAAAGCUGCUGGGGGGGAACAUGAACCUGCCAAUCUCCUAGCAGAAGAGAAGGAUGAAGACCUCCUCUUUGAGUAGCUCUGUUGGAUGGGGAGACCUAGACAGCAGCGUGUUAACUGAUGUAAUUCUGGACAUGCUUUCUGGAUAUUUAUGUGGUUCUUCAUUUGGUGUAUUAGCCUGUGAGCUCCAUUGAUUGUGGUUUUUCCCAAGAUGAGAACUCUGGGAGCUUUUUUUCGUGGGGGUGUAGAAGCAGAAAAGAGAGACUAGCAGGAGUCUGGUCUCUAGUGUAAGGGAGAGGUUCUUGCUACUGCCAAUCUACCACCACCUGUUUUGCUUCUUAAUGGCUACUGAAUCUUGACUGCUGUUGAUUAAGGAUGUAUUUAUAGCAAUCAUACCCUCCUUUCUCUCCUUCCUACCUUUAAAACAUAAGGAGUGUUUUCCACUAAGGGAGGGAAAAAAACCCUAUGUGCAUGUUAACAGGUGAAAGUAGGUGUUGCUACAAUUAACUUGCAAAGUAUUAAUGAUAGAAAAGCUAGAUUGUUCAGACUAACUUUGUUGCUGGAAGACAUCUUCCAUUUUGUGUAACAGUAGGAGAAAAUUCACAUGUCUAGUAAAAUAAUUUUAAAUGUUA